AUGUCCGACAACAACCCUACCCCUGUUCCCGACUUGAGCAGCCCAGAGGCUCUCCAGAUCCCUGAUUUGGCUCGAAACGAUGAAGAGGCUUUGACCCGUGUUCUCGUUGAGUUCCUCGCCGAACCAACUCCUGGCCCAGUCAUGGGUACAUUUGAUGGUGAGACAAUCGAACUUACUGAGGACAACAUGAAUUGGAUGGCAGAGACUGCGACAGCAGCUGGACGUGGACUAACAGUCAAGGGCAAACGUCGUCAGCACUACAUGACGUUCAGCCCUCCUCAUCCAGGUACCACAAUGGUUUGGGUGGCGGACACUCCUCCAGAAACACCUCCUCCUGGGCCCAGCCCAGUGCCCGUUCAAGCUACUGUCGCGGCAGUGGUCUCUGAUGGUCAAGCCCCUGUUCCUCUCCCUCGUGGUGGCGGUCACGUCGGUGCCGGUAUCCGCAAGCGCCCAUUCAAAUGUGCUUACUGCCACUCUACUUUUUCUUCGGUAGCAAGACGUACCGCACACGUUGAGAAGAACCACGCUGACAAGCUCGCUAGCUCUGCUGGUUCGUCUAACCAGACUCCUCAGAACUAG